AUGGCGACAUCCAAUCCGAAAUGUUCAUCCUACACCAAAUACGAGACCCGAACACGAAACCCAGACCCGAAUACCUCCAUCCUCCUAGUAAUCGACGCCCAGAACCACUUCUCCUCAAUGAUCGACCCAAUUCUCCCGAACCUCCUCUCCACAAUCCAACUCUGCCGCCGCGCCUCGGUCCCCGUCCUCUUCACCCGCCACAACCACAAAUCCCCCGAAGACUACGGCAUGCUUGCGGAGUGGUGGGACGGGGAUCUGAUCAUCGACGGCACGCCGGAAUCCGAGCUAAUUCCCCCAAUUGCGGAGCUGGCAGCAGAGGAAGGCGGCGGCGAGGUCAUCAUCGAGAAGAGCACCUACAGCGCCUUCGCGCAAACUGGGCUUCAGGAGAAAUUGGAAGAGAUGGGCGUCAAAGAAGUGAUUGUGACGGGAGUUAUGACGAAUCUCUGCUGCGAAACCACUGCCAGGGAGGCUUUCGUGAGAGGGUUUCGAGUUUUCUUCUCCGCCGACGCCACCGCCACCUCGGCUAUGGAUUUGCACGACGCCACAAUCAAGAAUUUGGCUUAUGGGUUUGCUUACUUGGUGGAUUGUGACCGACUUCAAGUUGCAUUCUCCCUAAAGUAG